UUUAACUUUUAAGUUAUGGCACCUAUGCUUAUUGACAGUUAUAAAUGUCAGAAAGAACUAACCUAAAAAUUAUUUACAUAAAAUGAGUGAAAUUAAUAAUACCGAUGUGUACGCGAAUGUUUCACGGAGUAAAUUAAAAUUAAAAAGUGAUCAAUCGGUUCAUAAAAAGAAGAAGAAAAAGGAUAAAGAGAAAUUAAAGGUUAUGGCAAAAACCAUUGAAACUGAAAUGAAAGAUGAGAAAGAGUCGGAAAGGCAAGUUGAGAAACGUACGAAGGCUGAAAUGGCUUUUCAACAAAUGAAAGAAAAGAAUCAAACAAAAAGGAUUUUGGAUAAAGCGAAUAUGACCCAUAAAGAAAGAGUUGAGAAGUUUAAUCAACAUUUGGAUAGUUUAACUGAACACUUUGAUAUUCCAAAGGUAUCCUGGACGAAAUAAUAAGUAGUUUUAAGAAAUAAUUUUAGGUGUUAAUAAAUAAUCAUAAAUAAAUUAUGUGUUUUGAUUAGGAAAAUA